CAGAAAAUCCCCACUACAUCUUAUCCUAAUUUACUUCCUUCCCUCUAUUGUUUUGACAAAGCCUGCUAGAGGCAGCUCUACGAAACGAAACUUCCGUAGCAGUCUGCAUUCACCCACUCGUAUACCGGGUCUACUCAGAGAUGGAGCUUGUCUGGUUGAUUGCACUUUUCCGGAUUUUUAUUGCUACUCAAGCACAAGCUUCUCUUCCCGAACCAAUCUUAGAAGUAGAAAAUAAUCUCGAAGAAGGAGAAGAAGCAAUCUUCCAAUGCACCAUGAAAUACGCUGGUCCAGAAGAAGUGAAUUUGGAGAUUAGAAACAAGAUAACGAAACUGGAUUCCUGUGUACAGACUAAUAAACCAUUUCCUAAAGUAACCUGCAGGCCUGAGAUUACCAUGGACUUCCAAAACAUGGAGAUAUUCUGCGUGGCCAGACUGGAAGUCAGAAGCAAAACCAAAACGUUACAUGUUAGAUCCGAACCAUCUUUCACAGACUGCCCAAAAGAUGUAACAUGGGUUGAAGGAGAAACUAAAUCUUUCCACUGCAUAGCUGAGGGGUACCCUCCCCCAAACGUGACUUGCUCGAAGGACAGCAAAACCUAUAUGGAAGGGGAAAAAUUCACAGUGACCAGAAGCAUGGCUGGUCUAUAUAGUUGUAGGGCAACAAACUUCGAUACCACUUCAAAACAAGUCACAGUGAAAGUACAAUUUAGGCCUUCGGUAUUAAAUAUUAAAGGGCCGCCUAAUUUCUUGGUGUCCAAAGACGAAAACGUUACAUUGACUUGUGAGGCAGAGGGCGAUCCAGCUCCCACUUACAGCUGGAACACUCCGACAGCAGACGUAGAAAUUUCGGAUGAUAGUCGCACUGUGAAAAUCAGGGGCAUGAAGCCGGCCCAUGUGGGAAGAUAUACUUGUAAUGCUCAGAAUAAGCACGGAAAUGGCACGAAAACUGAGCGGCUUACUAUGGCAGGAUACAACAGAGGACAGAAGUCGGAGCAAUACUGGUGCAUUGUGAUAUUCAUGGUGAUAUUUUCGGGUCUGAUUUCUUCAAUUUAUUCAUAGCUUGGAAUUCAUAUAACCUAAACUCUACCUAGUGCCUUUGCUUAUUUUCAUUUGCAGCUCAGUGUGUACAGUUUUAAAUUAAAAUAUUGGAGGAGACAUGUUU